CCGCGGGCACCGACGCCCCCAACACCUGCGCGGGGCGCUGCGGACGCCGGCUGCGUGAUCGGUGCGCCCUCGAGGGGCUGCGAGGAGACCAGGAUGGCUCCGGGCGGGGCAGUGGCCGGGCUCCUGCUGCUGGCGGCCACCGGCCUCGGAGGGGCGGCCGAGGGGACCGGGCUGGUCUUCAGCGACGACGUGCUGAGCUUGUUCGGUGCCAAUCGGAGCCUGUCGGCGCCGCAGCUCGGGCUCCUGCUGGAGCAGCUGGGAUCUGCGCCCCACAGGGGCGCCUUGGAGCUGGGCCAUCUGCACUUCAACCAGUGUUUGUCGGCAGAAGAGAUCUUUUCCCUUCAUGGCUUUUCAAACACCACCCUGAUCACCAGCUCAAACUUCUCUGCCAUCUGCCCAGCAGUCUUGCAGCAGUUGAACUUCCACCCUUGUGAUGCUAGGCUCAAGGGAAAAACCAAACCAAGCCUUUCAGAAGUUUGGGGCUACGGCUUCCUGUCGGUGACAAUAAUUAACUUGGCAUCUCUCCUUGGAUUGGUUUUGACUCCAUUGAUAAAGAAGGCAUAUUUUCCCAAAAUCUUGACCUAUUUUGUGGGACUGGCUAUAGGGACUCUCUUUUCUAAUGCAAUUUUCCAGCUGAUCCCAGAGGCCUUUGGAUUUAAUCCCCAAAGCGACAACUACGUUGAGAAGGCAGUUGCUAUCUUUGGUGGGUUUUACCUACUUUUCUUUUUUGAAAGAACACUCAAGAUGUUACUGAAGACAUAUGGUCAGAAUGAUCAUACUCAUUUUGGAAAUGGUGACUUUGGUCCUCAAGAAAAAGCGCAUCAACCUAAAGCCUUGCCUGCAGUCAAUGGUGUGACGUGCUAUGCCAACCCCGCUGUCACAGAGCCUAAUGGACACAUCCAUUUUGAUAGCGUCAGUGUCGUGUCUCUCCAGGAUGGGAAAAAGGAGUCAAGUUCAUGCACGUGUUUGAAGGGGCCCAAGUUGACAGAAAUCGGGACAAUUGCCUGGAUGAUAACGCUCAGUGACGCCCUUCACAACUUCAUUGACGGCCUGGCCAUUGGAGCUUCCUGCACGUUAUCUCUUCUCCAGGGACUCAGCACUUCCAUUGCAAUCCUGUGUGAGGAGUUUCCGCAUGAGCUAGGGGACUUUGUGAUCUUGCUCAAUGCAGGGAUGAGCACCCGACAAGCCCUGCUGUUCAACUUCCUGUCUGCCUGCUCCUGCUACGUUGGGCUGGCAUUCGGCAUUUUGGUGGGCAACAAUUUUGCUCCAAAUAUUAUAUUUGCACUUGCUGGAGGCAUGUUUCUCUACAUUUCUCUGGCAGAUAUGUUUCCAGAGAUGAAUGAUAUGCUGAGAGAAAAGGUAACUGGAAGAAAAAAGGAUUUCACCUUCUUCAUGAUUCAGAAUGCUGGAAUGCUAACUGGCUUCACGGCCAUUCUGCUCAUUACCUUGUACGCAGGAGAAAUCGACCUGGAGUGAUGGGAAACCGAAGAUGGUCUUGUUCAUGAAGGCAUUUCAGAAAUUAAAAGGAAAUAUCUCCAAAGGGAUUUUUAAGCUUACCCUAUUUAGUUAAAAGAUAAUUUUGUUUUCAAGAUAAUUGAAUUACUGCUUUCAGACCAUUAUUUGUUGUUUAAAAUGUUUCAAAAGGUUUUUGGUUCCCAUCUGCAAUACUCAGUGUAUGGGUCUUCUGUAAAACUAUGUUUUUCAGUGUUUUAUGCAUACAUUAAAAUCAUCAUAAGGCAAGACACAUGUGUUCCAUAGUCACGUAAACACCCAGACCCAGAGAAAAAUACAAGAUGCGUCAUGUAUAGGUCACAGAAGGCUUUCGUAGUAGGAUGGAAGUUUCCAAUGACUUCAGAAUGACUUUCUUGCCAUCAGUUUGUUCUCAUGCAUCCAAGAGCAGGUACAGCCCAAAUGUGGAAGAGAAUGAAAACAUUUUUAGCACAGAGACAAAUGAUUCCAAGGUCUUAAUGAACCCCAGAAAGAAAGAUUGCUCCUAUUGGGUUUUAGCAAGUUGUAGGAGUGUUUUGAAAAUGACAUUAAACUUCUGUGAAUUAGGAAAUCAUCAAAGCCUUGCUUACCCUAUGAAGUUUGGUUUAGAGCUUGAUCUUUGAGUAUGAACUCUAGAAUUCUUAUUUUGACUUAGGUUAAGGGUCUUAAAUGGCAGAACAGCCUGUGAAGCCGUUGUCAACUGUUUCAAUAUACCCUGUGUUUGUUUUGUAACAGUGAAGAAAUAUGUUGGUUGGGGGUGAAAGAAACUGAAUAUAAUUUUUAAGCAAUUUGCCUUUAAAGAUGCAGAUAACUAUUUAGCAGAGAUUAUUUCCAUAAAUACUGAACAACAGCUGGCCUGCUCUCCAGGAAGGACUGCUUAACUAGAAAAUAGACAUUCCUCAUGGCUACUUGAGAGUCAUUCAGGAAAGACUUUUGUGUUCAGUGUUCUUUUUUCUAUAUAGCGUAUCUUGGAAAGAUCAUCACACCAUGGCGACAUUUCUACCCUUUCUAAAAGAUAAGAGUCUGUUCAUUCAUUUAGUAGGAAACAGAAAAUUAGCUCAAAAUGGAAGAUUCUAACCUCAAGGCACACUCCCAAGUAACUUAAGGAAAGAUGAUUUGACAAUGAGGAAAAUUACCAUCAAAAGCCAACAGUUAUCUCAGGAAUCCUAUUUUCCUGCAUGUUUGAUGAACAUUUUCCAGAGAUGUUCAUGUAUAUGUCACUUUAUGAUUGACAGUUUAAGAAAUUAUCACUUGACCAAUAGUAAACCAUGUCUUGUAUCAUUCAUUAUUCAUUUCAUAUGUCUUUUUUUUAAGUGGAUUCUAUGGUGUUUUGGGGGUGUUGGAUGAAAAGGAAAUUGAUGUGUUUAUUUCAAAGAUAUCUAGCAAAUAACUACUACAAAGAUUUAUUAUUCAUCUCUGUGAAUAAAAUCUAUUUUUUGUUCAUCUUUUACAUUCAAUCUUAAUAAAUAAUCUUUGUCUUUUUAAA